UAAAAUUGCAUUAUAUUUGUUUAUUGAAUUUGACAACAGCUUUUUGAAUAAAAAAAAAUAAACCGUUAAUAAACUACUACCACUCUCUUUUUAUCUCACGAAAAUAUUUAUGUUUUAUUAUAAAUCAAAUUUUUGUCAUUUUUCUCAGCUCUGCCUGGAUUUUUUUUUCUUAACUCAUUUCAGAAACUGUAAACUAUAUAGUAGUUUGUCCAGACUCACAGUAUCCAACACAAAGACCAAUCCACCAUGCAUGUCUUAUCUCUUACUUCCUCCUUAAUAUUCCGUUUCCUCUUCCUCAUAUCCACCAUUCCAAUUUCUCCAGCGAAAUCUACAACCUCUCAUCUCCAGACACAGCCGCGCCUCCGCCACAGAAAGCUAUCAAUUGAUUACUACUCCAAGAAAUGCCCUCAGCUCGAAAGUCUUGUCGGCUCUGUCACUUCCCAGCGGUUCAAAGAAGCACCCGUCUCAGCUCCUGCCACUAUUCGCCUCUUCUUCCACGACUGCUUCGUUGAGGGUUGUGAUGGGUCGAUAUUAAUAGAAACAAAGAAGGGAAGCAAGAAUUUAGCCGAAAGAGAGGCAGAAGAGAAUAAAGAAUUAAGAGAAGAAGGAUUUGAGAGUAUCAUCAAGGCAAAGGCAUUGGUUGAGUCUCAUUGCCCUUCUCGCGUCUCUUGCUCUGAUAUUCUCGCCAUCGCUGCUCGAGAUUUCAUCCACCUGGCAGGUGGACCUUACUAUCAAGUGAAAAAAGGAAGGUGGGACGGCAAAAGAUCAACGGCAACCAACGUCCCUCCCAACAUCCCCCGAUCAAACUCCACGGUCGAUCAGCUCAUCAAUCUCUUCGCGUCAAAAGGACUAACGGUAGAGGAUCUCGUCGUCCUUUCUGGCUCCCACACAAUCGGCUUCGCACACUGCAAGAGUUUCGUUGGUCGUCUCUACGACUUCAAAGGCAUCAAACGACCCGACCCGAAUAUCAACCCAAAAUUACUCAAGGAACUCCGUAUGUAUUGCCCUUUCUCCGGCAGAAGCUCCCGCGCCGCCCUUCCCCUCGACGCCACAACUCCGUUUGCGUUCGACAAUGGGUAUUACAAAGGUCUAGGAAGUAACAUGGGCCUUCUCGGGUCGGACCAAGCCUUGUUUCUUGACCCGAGGACGAAGCCCAUUGUACUUGAGAUGGCUAGAGAUAAGCAGAAGUUUCUCAAGGCGUUUGGGGACGCUAUGGAUAAGAUGGGUUCUAUUGGUGUAAAGAGAGGGAGGAAACAUGGAGAGAUACGAAAAGAUUGUCGUGUCUUUUUAUAGAUCUUUUAUAUUUACCUUAGUUUGUUCUUUUGUGUGUGGAUUUUGUCUCGAUCUUGAUGUGCCUUUUGUUCUUUGUUUAGAAGUUUCUUGACUGUUUUGUUCAUAGUAUAUAAGGUACUUCGAAAGAAUCCGUAAUUCAGUUACGUUUUUUUUUUAAUUGAAUAAUUCAGUUACGUUAUC